AUGGUUGUUGGAAAUUUUUCGAGAGAAGUAAUCCAAAAUGAUAAGCUAGCUCAGGAGCAUGCAUCAAAAAUCAGCAACAUAACAUUCAGCCACGUUCGUCGAAAGGAUAACAGACACGCAGAUGCCUUAGCAUUCAUAUCAUCAAUGCUAAGGGACAUAAGCACCAUCGCCGUACAAAUUGGAAGAAUAUAUGAACCUUCAAUAGAACGACCCAUCUCAGGCACUAAGGAGGCUUUGGCCGUUCAAACUCGAGCCAUGAGAGAAGCUGAGAAAGAAAAAAAAGACGAAGAAGUAAGAGAACCAGAUAACGAAGCCGAAGAGUCUGACAAAUAUCAAUCCAUGUCAGACGAAGACAACGAAGAUGAAGCGUGGAGGAUUCCAAUUCACCAAUACCUAGACAGAGGUACCUUACCAGCAGAUGUCAAAGAGGCUCGAAAACUUGAAUCAAAAGCAGCAAUGUACAGCCUUCGAGAUGGGAUACUGUAUAGGAGGUUAUUUCUUGGACUUCUGAUGCGGUGCCUCUCACGAAACGAUGGAAGGAAAAUACUCCAUGACAUACACAGCGGAGAUGCCGACAACCAUAGUGGAAGAAGGUCCUUGGUGGUCAAAGCCAAAAUGCAAGGAUAG